CGGAGAUCUCACACAACGACAAAGAAGACAGGAUGCCGCUCCUCUCAAAAACCCUCCAAAAACUCCACCUCAAACACUCGCCCUCACCUUCUCAAUCCUCGGGGACGCAUUACGACGAUUCAUCCGACGACGAUACGCCUGAGGGUAGCGCUUGGAUCGGAGGCGGAAAGUCCAAACAGAAGCGCCUCGAGCGAAAGAGAGAGAAGAAAAGACAGGCACACCACCGCGCCCUCGACCUCCAGACCCGCCGUCAACGCGAAGACGCCCACGCCGCCAAAGUUGAGCCAGCAUCAGUCCGCGCACUCUACGGUCGCCUCCCUUUCCCUGUGCCCGAAAAUGUUCCGGCGGCGCCCGUCCAGGAGUGGACCAGUGUUGGCGCGAUCGAAGAGGGAGAUGUGGGGGAGGGUGAUGAGGUUACGUUUAGGGCGAGGGUGCAUGCGAGACGGGUGUUGAAUGGUAAGGGUUUGGUUUUCUUCGUGGUUAGGGAGGGGUUGGGGAGGGUUCAGGCGGUGUUGAAGGUUGAGAGGGAGGGGGGGGUGGAGCCGGUCAACGCGAAACCCUCCCCCCACAUGCUCUCCACACUAUCCCAUCUAUCCCCCGAAUCAAUCGUCCUCAUCACCGGCACUCUGCAAAAACCACCUCACGGCGACAUGAUCAAGUCUUGCACGAUCCAACAUUUGGAAGUCAAGGUGCGUGGGAUGUGGGUGUUGGCCGAAGCCCGUGGUGUACCCGUCCGCGUUCGGGAUCUCGAGCGUCCUCGGAAGGGAGCGCCCGGUGAGGAAGAAGUGCCGUUACGCACCAGAAUGGCAAACCGCGUCUUAGACCUGCGUACACCCUCUUCCCUGGCAAUCUUCCGCAUCCAAAGCGGUAUCUGCAACCUCUUCCGCACUCACCUAACCUCCCUCUCCUUCACUGAAAUCCACACCCCAAAACUCCAACACUCCGCAACCGAAUCCGGUGCCUCGGUUUUCUCCGUCCCUUACUUUGGGCGUCGCGCAUUCCUCGCACAAUCCCCACAAUUGGCGAAACAAAUGAGUAUCAGUGCGGGGAUGGGAAGAGUUUUUGAAGUUGGACCUGUGUUUCGGGCGGAGGAGUCGAAUACGAGACGGCAUUUGACGGAGUAUGUUGGGUUGGAUUUGGAGAUGGAGGUGAGGGGGGGGUAUGAAGAGAUGCUCGGGGUUGUGGAUGGGGUGUUUAAGAAAGUCUUUGCUGGUGUAUACGAGAAGUUUGCACGGGAGGUCGAGGUUGUAAGAGAGGUUUUUGGGGGUGAAAGACUGGUGUGGGCUGAGGAGACUGUUGUCUUACCGUUCCGCGAGGGCGUGCGGAUGUUGAAUGAGAGUGGGUGGCGGGAUGAGUCGGGGAAGGAGUUAUCCGACAAAGAGGAUUUAGGAACGAGAGAUGAGAUUAGGUUGGGGGCGUUAGUCAAAGAACGCUACGGUACGGAUUACUUCGUCCUCGACAAAUUCCCGAAAGCAGUACGGCCGUUUUACACGAUGCCCGAUCCCGAAAACGGCGAGUACACAAACUCCUUCGACAUCUUUCUGCGCGGACAGGAGAUCCUCACCGGAGGCCAACGAAUCCAUGAUCCGGAUAUGUUGGAGGAAGCAAUGCGCGCCAACCGGAUUCGUCCCGAUUCGAUGCGAGAGUAUCUUGAUGCGUUUCGGUGGGGUGUUGCGCCGCAUGCGGGGGCGGGGAUCGGGUUGGAGAGGUUGGUGAUGUUGUUUCUGGGGUUGGGGAAUAUUCGCUAUGCGUCGCUUUUUCCGCGGGAUCCGAAGAGUUUGCAGGAGGUUGGGCGGGGAGGGGGGUUGAGGUAUCCCGAGGUGAGUACGGUUGAGCCGCCGUGGGAGGCGAACCCGGAGAAGGAGGAGGGGGAGGAGAAGUUUGGGGCGAUGCCGUUGGAGAAGUUGAUUGGAAAUUAUGGGGAUGCAUCGAAUACUUCCUGGCUCGAACCCAGAUUCGAGGUAUGGCGACACCAACGCUCCGGCGCCGCGGUCGGGUUCGUCGAGGUCGAGGGACAUGCGAUGGUUGUGGGUAACCCACUCUGCGAUGAACGACAAUACGGGGAAGUCAUCGGCGCUUUCCUGACAUGGUUGGGAAGGGAUGGGAGGGCGUUGAAGCCGAUUUGGUUACUUGUUUCCAAAGAGGUCGAGGAGAUUUUGGGGGGUAGGGGGGGGUGGAGGACAUUGAGUUGUGUUGCGGAGGAGAGGGUGAAGGAUCCGGCUGAGAAUGUGAAUAAGAUUAAGGAAGGGGAGGUUGGGAGGAAGUUGAGGCAUGCGAAGCAAGCUGGGAUUAAAAUCACCGAUUUGCCUGCUGGAGAGCCGGUACCGGAGGAGUGGAGGAAGAGGUGUGAUCAGCGGAUUCAGGAUUGGAUCGAUAAUCGGAAGGGGAAGAAACAGGUUCAUUUGACGGACGUACAUCCAUGGCAGGAUAUGGAGCAUCGGAGGUAUUUCGUUGCGGAGACGGCGGAGGGGGAGAUUUGUGCCAUGGUCGUUCUUGCCGAAUUGAGUUUGAAGUAUGGGUACCAAGUCAAGUGGUCUCUCGACUUCCCUGGUGCACCGAGCGGUGCAAUCGAGUACAUCACCCUCCACGCCCUCACCGAAGCCUCAUCCUCCGGCGCAAGGUCCGUAACGUUCGGCGCAACCGCGACGAAUCAUUUCGUCGUCGGUUCGAACCUCAGUGGACUCCGUGCCAAGUUUCUGAGUAAGACUUAUCAUGGGAUCGCGACGCAGUUUAAUUUGGCGGGGAAGGGUGAGUUUAGGGCAAAGUUGGGGGCGGAGGAGGAUCCGUUGUGGGUUUGUUAUCCGAAGCAUGGGAUGGGGCCGGGUGGGGUAAAGGCUGUGAUGAAGUUUGUUGGGGGGGAGGAGCAUUUGGAUGGAUGAGCAUGGUUGGGGUAUACAGUAGGAGAUGGAUACACACGUACACGAUAUGGGAGAGGUGAGAUCGAGACAUGAGAUUUUAUGUGUAUGAUUAGGUGGGUAGAUGUUGGUU